GUCCUGGAGGUUUGCACAGUGAUUGGCUGGCGCGGCGGCAGAGUGCGAUGUUAUUGGUCUUAUUCCGCGCUGUCCCGCCCCCAGACUCGGAGCCCGAGGGUGGGGUCGGACUGUCGGUGUGGGUGAGCAGGUGGCCGGAACGAUCCCAUGGCUGCGUCGGCGUCGGCAGAGGGCGGAGUGCUCGCCCCCAUCCAGGGCGCCUUCCUGCGGCAUAGCCGGGCGGAGGAGGUGCGCAGAGACAGCCAGCUCCUGAUGCAGCCCUACGCCAACUGGGAGGAGUUCCUGGUGCCUGCGCCCACUGCCAUCUCCAUCCUGGGCGAACUGAUCGCGCUGUCCUCGGCCGGUGACUUCCCGCUCAACCGGCACAACACGGAACACCACUACCAGCACCUCCGCUACCCGGAGUCCUUCCGUGCCUGCCUGGCGCAGCUCAGCAACCAGGGCUGGAAGACCUUCAACCUGGCCCACAAGAACAUGGACCAGAUUCGACUGCAUUCCCAGAGCGUGCCCGAGCACACGCGGGCCGCACUGCACACCCUUCUGCGGGGAGAUGGGGCCGCGCUGGCCCGUCUCCUUCCCCGGCAGCUGGGCAGCAUCCGCGCUGUGGCGUGCGAGUGCCAGACGCUGGCUCAGGAGGUAGAGGGAGCCUUCCUGUCUGUCACUGACCUCAUCCACGAGCUUCUGGAGGCCUGCACCAGUGCCCGGGGGGCGUACGAGGCGGAGGUGGAGGAGGCGAGACGGGUGCUGGAAGCGGCGCAGCGCCGGAAGGUGACGAUGGAGGGGGAGAGGAGGCGGGCGGAAGAAUACUUCACCCGAAUGACCCGGGAGGUGGAAGAGGCUCAGUACAGUUACCGCAGUGCGGUCGAUCGGGCGCCCAGCGAGUGGGGGGUCCUGGGGAUGAUGGCGGUGGAGAAUUCCAUUGGUGUGGUCAGCAACCUGGUGUCGGGCUUCCUGUCCACGGUGACUGCCGACCCCGUCAGCCUCUCCACCACCGUGGUCGAGUCUCUGGCCAACGUGGGCAACGCCAUUGCGGAGAAGGUGCGGAAUAAGGAGGGCAGAGCACCGCAACCCCCGCCGCAGCCCCAACACCCUGUUAGUAGCCGCCUGCUCUCCACUUCCACCGAGCUGAUGGUGGCCUCCAUGAAGCUGCGGGAUCUCCUGUCCCCCGAGGCCGAGUUGUGCACCGACUCCCUGCGGGAGCCCGACACGAGCCAGACAUCCCAUCGCAUCUUCCAGAGUGUGGAGGCCGAGCUGUCCCGGGAGGAAAUGGAAGAGGAGGGAGAGGAGGAAGAUGGGCCCAGGCAGGCUGCCCUCGCCCUUUGCCACCGGGGCAUCGGGGUCUGUCAGCAGCUGGAGGAGCUGCGGGGGAGCCCAAGCCCCAGCGAGGAGCAGCUGGCCAGAACAUCGGCCGCCAUCGGCCACCUCUACAACAAGGCGCUGAAGUUCAGCGCGGGCUGCCUGGCCGCCGGGUCGCCGGUGCUCACCCCCAGCGCGCCCAACCUGUCAAAGUUGGCGCAGUCCGCUGAUCCCGAGGACAAGAGCAUGGUGCAGGCACUAGUGACCCAGGCACGGCUCAGGGUGGAGAACGCCCGGACACAGCUGGAGACUACCCGCCGCGAGUACGAGAGGAGCUUCGAGGGCCUGAAGCAGAGCAACCGGGAGCUGGACGAAGUGGUGGAGCGGAUGAGGCGCUGCCAGGUGGCCGAGGUGGAUUUUGGCACUACGCUGAAGAUGCUGGCCCAGGGCCUGGAGGCCUUGUCCAGGGUGAGGGAGCAGUGGACCAAGAUGAUCCGCUUCUUCGAGAUGGUCUCCAACUUGAUCCAGGUGUGCCUGGGCAAGUCGCUGCAGAUGUUUGCCGCCCAGAGUGAAGACGUGCAGGAGCUGCAGAACUAUAGCCAACAGCAGCUCGUCCGAGACCUGGUCUACGCACAGGCCUUCCAGGCAUCCAACAUCUCCUGCCUGGUGCACAUGAUCUCCAGCACCUACGUGGAUGUGUCGGGCUGCUUUCUGAUGGAGCGGGUCACUCGGCUGGGCCGCCUCAUCACGCUGGACCCAGAGGAUCCGCGGUUCGCGUCUGAGCGCCAGCUGCUGCAGCAGGGCUGCGACGACGCCCGCAGGAUGAUCAUGGAGCGCGUGCUGAGCAGCCGCCAGGAGUUCGAGCAGCGGGUGCAGCAGCGCAUCGAGGCCAUCGAGAAGGGCCUGAGGUCCGCGCUGCCCCCCGCUUCGCCUCAGGAGCAACAGGCCAUCGAGAGCUCCCUCGCGCAGCCCGCCCACUCCAUCUUCCAGGAGAUCUCCCAGGAGGAGGAGGAGCAGUGGGCCUGAGGGUCAGCAAACGGAGGGAGAGGCCUCAGGAGAGCGUCUUGAGACACAGUGAGGGACAUGGGGGUGUGCUUUAGAGGGGAGUGCCUGGUCUGGGACAGAUGUGACCCCCCCCCCCGCCCAGUUUGGGUGGGAAUGCUCAGCCAGAACUGGAAUUUUAUUUCAUUUUAACUUAAAGAUUUUGUGCAGAGUAGGCUCUAACAGUCCUUCGAGCCAUGUCACCCAGCAUCCCGACAAUCCCGAUUCAACCCAAACCUAAUCACGGGACAAUUUACAAUAACCAAUUAACCUACUGUUGUGUUAACCAUUAUGCUGCGGUGUGCCUGUCUCCCUCUUUCCCAGCCCAACGGUCAACUCGUGGGACUUGGUGGACGCUCUGUGAAAGGGGUUAUCACUUGGGCUUCUGAAUCAGAUUCAUUAUCACUGACGUAUUUUGUGGAAAUUGCUCAGUGGCAACAGUACAGUGCGAUACCUGAAAAAGUACUAUGUUAUAAAAUCAAUAAAUACUGCAAUUACCUUAUGGUCUUGUUUUGUGUCUUACGGUCUUAUAUUUAACACAGAUAGGUUUGUGAUUAGUCAGGUUAUGGGAGAAAGAAGGAGAAUUGGGUUGAGAGGAAUAAUGAAUCAGUCAUGAUGGAAUAGCACAGCAGACUCGAUGGGUCAAAUGGCCUAAUUCUGCAGCUUAUGUAUUUUUUUGCUUCAAUCAGUUAAGUAUUUAGAACCAGUGCCUUAGGACACAGCCUCAGAAUAGAA